GAGGGGUGUUUUCAAUUCAAUAUGAAAACGGGCGACGACGGAGCGAAGCGAGGGAUGUCGUUGAAACGAUGAAAUCAUGAAACGCUCGAGCCGUGCACUUAAUUGAAAUAAAAUCCUCAUUGAAGAAUCGACUUGUUAUUGGAGUCACGCGGUCCGCGGUAACACCGGAAUAUCGAAGAUGUUGAUCUACGAUGUGUUGAACAAGGAGAAGGUGUAUCAUGCCGUCGCCAGCGAUCUCAGGAGUCUCGGAGUUAAGUAUCGCUUCAAGAAGAGCAUGCUGAAGAGCGAAAGGGCUGAGACGACGUGCCGGGACAUCUCCAACAAGAAGGUCUUCAAGACCCCGCUGUUCUAUCAGGCCCUGGAUAUCGUUAAUCUCGCGUCGGGCGCGAUAGUCCACGUACCCGUGUUCGUGAUUCAGGCCGCGACAUUCCUAGAACAGCACGUCACGCAGGAGGGUCUGUUCAGAAAGGCCGGCUCCCAGGCGCGACAGAGAGAACUGAUCUCCCGGCUGGACGGCGGCAGCAACUUGGGCGACAAAAAUUACGCGGCGAUCGACAUCGCCAAUUGCCUCAAGUCCUUCUUCCGCGGCCUGCCAGAGCCGUUGAUUCCGUACGUGUAUCACGACCUGUUUGUGCACUGCGCGCUGCUCAAGAGUAACCGAGUAGAAGCGUUGCUGUUGGCGUGUACUCUGCUUCCACCGUAUCACCUAAACACCUUGGCGUUCUUUAUGGAGUUCCUGAAGAAGGUCUCCACAUAUGAGAAACAAAACAAAAUGAAUGUGGAAAACCUAGCCAAGGUCAUUGGACCAAAUAUCAUGCCACUGCAAGAGACAUCCAUGUCAGCUGUGCAGAACAGAUUGCAAAUGCAUUUAACUAUUGUCAAGAUUUUAAUUGAAAAUUCAGAAAAUAUUGGUAUUCUACCACCUCAUAUCGCUCAGAGUGUUUCUACUGAAAUAAGUGGCAGCACAGACAAUGGACUGGACUCAUUUGAACUGCAUCUAAAACAUAAAAAGAAAAAGCAUCGCAGUGGAAGUCUCACACGAAUGUUCAACGGUUUGAAGAAGAUGGUAGGAAAGAGUGCAGACGAUACAGCUAAUAUUAAUCAUCCUCAGUGUCUCGUACAUCAAACACAGUUAAAUAUGGCUCCUAACAAGUUUACUAAAAAACGAAAAGUAGCUGAGAGAGAAUAUCCUCCGAGCAUAAAGAAAAAGAGAAUGGCCGAUAAAUUAGACAAGUCAAAGAAACUAAGAUUAAGUUUAGACAAAUUUGUACCUAAGACUAAACAAAAGAACGUUGAUGGUAAUUUAUCAGACUCAUAUACAGGUAAUUACAAAAUGUGUAACGAAAGACGUUGGAGUUCUGUAAAUUCUUUUGAUGCAGAUAAAACAUGUGAAUUCACUGAUGGAAUAUCAGAUCUGAGAUUAGUGAAAUAUGAUAAACCAUCAAAUAAUGAUUUUCGCCAAGAGUACAAUGAUGUAUUCAUUAACGCCACUGUGGAUUUAUCAGACGAUGGUGGCGAGCAGGACAUGCUUGUAAAUGAAAAUUGUAAAAGUGAUGAGCAAUGGCAUAUAAAUGUAAGCACAAGUUCAAGAAAGUUGGAUGCCACAGACGAAAGUGAUAACAUCUGCUUGUUGACUGAGGAAAAGACUGGUUUGGAGGAACUCGAUACAUUUCUUCCAAACAGUGACAUAAUAUCUUCAUCAAGUGAUCACUGUGAAGAAGAUUAUGUCAAAAUCCCUAAGAGUGAAUACGAAGACAUAAAAAAUCGAGUUUCUGCUAUUGAAACGCGUAUUUCUCAAGAAUUUGGAUGUAUAUACAACGAAAAAAAUGAUAUAACUACACAUUCAUUAAAUAAUAUACAGACAGCAUAUGAGAAAACAUUAGAAGAGGCUAGUAUCGAGAAUACUCUGACAAGCGAUUACCUGGCAAAAAGACUGAGUAAAGAACUAAAGAUUAGAAGAUCAGGAGAACAUAAAAUAAUAAGAUCUCCUAGUGCAAGAAAAAUUGGAUCGUUAAGAAGACGUUCACAAGAGAAAAUCGCGAGCAAACGUGUUAGAAGAGCUGCAUCAUGGCAUAUGUCUCCAGAAUUUAACUUACAACAUCACAUUAAAUUCGAAAGACAAGUAAACGUUUAUCCCGUUGAAAAACCAUCAAUUUAUUCUAAUAAAUACUUGGAACAAUCUCACUUUGCUGAAAAAUGUAAUGAAAAUAUUUCUAACAAUAUGAGGGAUGAGAUAGCCUGUUUACAUAAUCAAAUUAAUACAUUGAUUUCUCGUUCAAACGAACAACGGAAGAUUUCAAACAAUAGCGACUUGGAUUUUUCUGGAUUUAAAGAUCUGCACUUAAAUAACCAUAUGACCACAUCUGUACGUAGAGCGUCAUCUUUUCAUGGAAAAGAUUUUGUUGAUAAUUCAUCUUAUUUCGAUAAAAAAAUCGAGGAGUUAAAAAAGGUAAACAGUCAUCAGAAUAUAGCUUUAAAUAAUGAUUGUUCACAAAGAGAUAAGACUGCAUUUGAGGGCUCAAAUAAGAUAUCUUGGAAAGAUGCGGAUAAGUAUUUUAAAUCAAUGUCUCGAACAAAUACACCCGCUCCACAGACUGGCAGGGCAUCCGUUGCAAAACUUCGAACGCAAAAUGCUGGUAUGGUACUGGCCAAAGCGAGAUUAUUUGAUGAGGGCACAACGAAAACAUCCGAGUUUAUAUCGAGUAACGUAUCAAACAGAAAACAGGAACACUGUCGUAACAGUGCAACCAAAUACUCCUCGAAUGUAGCAAAAGAAAUAAAUGCAAGUAAGGAGAAUUUUAAGCAAUCGUGUAAUAAAUCACAUGUCUCUCGAAAAAAGUCCAAUAAGGAUUCCAAAGGUAAAAAUCGUCACGCGGCAUUAUCUCCAAGUGCGUCGCCACAGAUUAAAAUGCAGACAAUAGAUACGUCAAUAAAAUCAUUUCCAAGCGGAUUGAACGAGCACUACCGUUUGAUGAGAAAAUUCGAGUCGCAAAAUCAGAAACUUUUGAACAAGGAUCCAAUUAUACGUGACAUUUUCGCCAAAGAUAAAGCAAUUAACAUCAUGCAUGACACAAAAAUUUAUCAGAAAGAAAACAUCUGCAUUGCGAAAGGAUCAUUGACAAAGAUGCCUGUCAAUACAACGCUGGAAAAUCCAAAUACGUCUCCUUACAAAUCGGACGUUAGUAAAACUCCACAUAUCAAGCGACCUUUAACAAUAAAAACGCCAAAAAGUUCCAAAUUAGUGCGUAGACCUCCGGUUGACACACGUAGAACACCAUUGAAAGCUACGGCACAUCUAGGAACUCCAAAACGUCAGAGUCCUAAAAGUAUUUUAAAAACACGAGCUCUCAGUAUGUAUACGUAACGGGAAGUAUAAUUUAUAAGUGCUGAAUUAGUCUCAUAUACUUAUAUAUAUAUACGUUAUUUUAAGAAACUAAUUUUUAUACUUUUAUAUAUAUAUAAUCUAUAUUUUGUGGUGUUUUUAAUAUAUUAAAUACUAUAUUAGCAGAAUAUAUGAAAGUUAGUACAAGUAAAAAUAUAGCAAGUAACUGAUAGCCUAUGUAAACAUUAAAAAACGUUAAAUCACUUUUAAAAAGGUGAUUUAAAGAACGUUCCUGUGUGAAUUACAUAUAUCUCUAUAAUUUAGCAAAUUUAACUUUUUUUAAGGUCUGAAACAUGAAAUAUUUAAAAUAUAUUUUUAAGGCUAGUCAUUGCGUAUAUCUGCGCUCUCAUUUAAAUAUAUAAUUCUCUUUAUAUUCGUUGUCAUCCAAUGACAAAUUCAGAUUUACAUGCAAUAUUCAUAUUGCUCGUUAAUAUGUAAUACAAAUCGCCAUAAUUGACUUUUAACUUGUGAAUGUAUCUAUUACAAUGAGAUUAAUUAUAUCGUUAUUAUAUUUGCGUACA